AUGCUGCAGGAAAGGAAGGGAGGAUCGGGAGCGAGGAGAAAGAGGUAAAGGGGUCGCGGGGGGGGGGGAGAAGGAGAGGGGAGAAGAGGACCCAGAGACCCCUCCAGCUCCCCCAAACGCCUUCGGUGGGGCCUGGAUCCCGGCACGCCUGCUGCGAAGGGGCGGAGAUGGGGCGCCCACCCACGAGGACUCCGUGGGGCGCGGAGAAGCGGGCCAGAAAGGGUUAAGGGGUGCGGGAGGCGCCUGGCUAGAGACCCCCUGUCCCUCCCUUGCUCGUCUUGGGGGGCCCCUCCGGACGGAGAGAUGGGGGCGCCUGGCGAGGGGUGAGCCGGGACAAGGAGGUGUCUGGGUGCAGGGGAGACGCCGGGAGAAAGAGAGGGGGUCAUGGAAGUGGGGGGAGAAGGGAGGGGGCAUCCCCGAGUCAGGGAAGCGCAGCAAUGGGGGGGGAGAGGAAGACCCGUCCUGGGGGGGGGCGUCUCCAUCAUGACGCCCACGAUGAAUCUCCGGAGGUGCCGCCUUGGCUUCUCCCUCCUGCCAGGAAUGCCCCCCCCCUCAAGGCGACCAGAGAGGGAUCCCUGGAAAGUGGGGGUCCUGUCCCUCCACCCUUCCUUCCUGCAAGCUCCAUCCUCUUCCCACCCCAUAAGUCCCUGCCGUGUCCAGACGCAGCAAUUCUGCCGAGUCAAACAAUUGUUCCCCCAGAGAGGAGAGGAAAUCCCUAGAGGAAGAGAGGAGGGGAGAGGCCUUCUCAGAAGCGGCUCUUUGUUUCCGCGAUCCCACCCAGGAAGCAGCCAGAAACCUUUUCCUCUCUCUCAGGCUUCCAUCUUUAUUGUCUUUUCCACUGAGGAUGAGGAUAAUGUACACCUGUCAUCAGAAACAGGGGUGCAGAGUCCAUGGAAUGGCUCUCAGGAUUGAUAUAGAAGUUGCACCUCAAAAGCAUUUCUGUUCCUCUUAUUCUUUGUAGGCAAUGUCAGAGUGCUGACAAGCUGAGAUGCGAUCCUUCAGCAUCCGACGACAACGACUACAUGAAUCUUCCCAGUCAAAGGACCCAUUUUGCUGAUAGACAGUGCCUGUGGCUGGAGGCUCUACACACCGGGUGUGCCUGUGCAGGCCAAAGACUGCCAGUAUUAGCAAAGGUGAGGUGUGUGUCAUUCCCAAAUUUACAGACUGCCUGGUUCCCUGGAAGUUCCUGGUUCCCUGGAACUUCACUUCUAACAGCAAGGGAACCAGCAGAAGACCCUCAGAGGCGGACCUCCCGGUUCGGACUGAGCGAUGGGGGUGAAGAUGCUCCUUCAGGUCCACAGGGCCGAGGCUGUUGAGGGCUUUGGGUUGCAGAUCUUGCUCCUCCAUAAUGAUCGAUGUAUAGUUAGCAGAGUAGGAAAAAACACUCAGAGCCAGAAAAAAAAUAAUUCAGCUGAUAAAUUUAUUACUGAAGACAGAUAAGCAUAACAGGAUCCAAAAAAUAGCAAAAAUGUAACUCACAGUAAAACUCUGACUUAGCAUUCCAAAACAGCACUCAAGUAAGAAACAGACAAGCAGAGUACAGUAAUAUCAGAAUAGGAAGUGGGAGCAGGCGCAUUUCAAUACUGUAAUUUAUAUAUAGUUCAGUCUCAGAGAUCAUGCUGUGUUAUUAAAGAUGAUUGAGGAUUAUGAAAGGUUGCUGAUGCAUUACUACCAUUUGACAAAAUAACAUUUUCAUUUCCUAAAAAUUGGGAACAUGGGUAGGACAUGGAAGAAUGUAGGAGAUGUUGAAAUAAGCGAAGGUGGUAAUGGCGUUUGAUGUGCCCUUUUCCCUCUGUUAUCUCUUUGCUGAAACCCAAACAGGAUUUCCUUUCUGUACACUCUGAAAAAGGGAAGGAGAAGACAGAAUUGCAGGGGACAGGACCACUUUCGUUUCAUUAG